AUGGUUACCAUCACUACUGAUGGAGAAUACCAACCAUGGUAUGCAAGAAGGUCAUUCCCUGUCUUUUGCUUCCCUUGUCUUCCAGCUUAUAUGGGUGUUUGGCCUGCCAGACGAUGUGUUCUCAUGUUGGGAGCUGUCUUAUUCUUUGUAGGUGUUAUGAUUCUUCUUGCAAUGCUUCUCACAUGUAUAGCUGUUGAAUGUUCAAACAUUGCUGGUGCUUUAAUUCCUCUUGCCAUCAUUUUAAUUAUCGUUGGAAUACUUCUUUUCCAUUGUGGAUGGGCUGCUAACCUCUUGGAUGACAAGGGACAAGUUCCAAUCAAGAGAACUGUGAGAACUACAACAACAACUUAUCACGGAGAUCCAGAAAGCGAAGCUGCUGAACAACGUCUGUUCCAGGAAGCUGCCAGACCAGAUUUACCACAAGUGAAACAGGGAUACUGGCAAUUUGAGGAUCAAGAAUCAUGGCAAGCUGUAGCUAAUCCAUAUCCAAUUCAACAUACAUUGAAGAACUGCUUGGAACGAAUGCCAUAUUAA